AUGAAAAGUGAGUUGAAGGCGGUUCAGGAGGAGAUCAAGCUGUCAGGGAUGUCCGACCAGUUGUUUGAGCGCGAGAUGGAGGCAAAAAAAGCUUACAACAGUGCGGCUGAGAACUUUGAAAAAUUAUGGGCUGAGAAAUCUAGAUUGAAGAGGAGGUCUUUUGGGGAUAGAUGCAGUAAAUUUUUCCAUUUAUCUACUAAAAUGGGAAGGGUGAAAAAUACCAUUCGCUCUUUGAAGACAGCAGAUGGGGAAGUACUUGUUGACCAAGAGCUAAUUAAAAAAUACGUGGAGGAUUAUUAUGAAAAUGUCCACAAGGCUGUGGAAGUUUCUGAGCAUGAGGAAAUUCUAAACUGCAUUCCUCGGGUUUUGGAGGAGGUGGACAUCUUCAGAUUGGAGUUGGUUCCCUGCGACUCAAAAAUCAGAGCAGUGGUGUGGACUCUGGACCCGGAUAGUACACCGGGGCCUGGCGGUUUCCCUGGUGCUUUUUUUAGAGCUUGCUGGGAGGUGAUAGGUGCGGAUGUGUGCAGUGCUGCCAGAUCUUUUUUCUCUUCAAGUCGUAUCCCUGCGGGGAUAAAUAAUUAUUUUAUUGCCCUUAUUCCUAAAGUGGAGGGUGCAGCUUCCCUUGAGAAAUUCAGGCCUCUGUGCAUGGGGAAUUUUUUCUAUAAGAUCUUAUCUAAGGUGAUGUCUCGUAGACUUGAACUUGUCCUCCCUAGAUUAAUCUUGGAUGAGCAGGGUGCUUUUCAGAAAGGGAAAGUCAUCCAAGAUAAUAUUUCGAUUGCUUCGGAGCUUGCAAACUUGCUGGCGGUUGCCACAAGAGGAGGUGGUUUGGGGUUGAAAAUCGACAUCCAGAAGGCGUAUGAUACUCUCUCGUGGGAUUUUAUGUUUUCAGUGCUGCUCAAAUUUGGGUUCUCGGGUCGGUGGAUCCAAUGGCUCAGAAGCUUACUUAGCUCUACGAGAAUUUCGGUGUUAGUGAAUGGAGGCCCUGUUGGAUUCUUUGGUGUAGACCGGGAUUUGCGUCAGGGGGAUCCAAUUUUGCCUUUGUUGUUUAUUGUUGUGGAGGAGGUUCUAUGCAGGGGGUUGACUAAGCUUCUCGAUGAUAAGAAAAUUCUCUCCCUUAAUGGUCCUUGGGGUAUUCACACCCCAAGGCAGUACUUGCUUGCAGAUGAUAUAUUUAUAUUUACUAAUGCUUCUAUUCAGUAUGUCAGGAAUCUUAAAGCUUUCCUUAACCAGUACCAGGAGUUUUUAGGGCAAAGGAUAAACUUGGAUAAGAGCAAGCUUUUUUUGGGAUCCAUUCCCACGAGAAGACGUCAAGCUAUUGUGGAAGAGCUGCAAAUCCCGGUUUGCAAAUUCCCAACCAGAUACCUUGGAGUUGAGAUUUCUAAAGGUCAAGUGCGAAAGAGAUGCUACUGCCUGUGGUGGAUAGAGUUAGGUCCAAGCUUACAGGUUAGAAAGGGAAGCUGUUAUCUAUGGCUGGUCGCGUUGAGCUAG